AUGCAUUCGACACAAUGUGGACACAUUAGCUGAACAUAUUGAGGAGACAAUGAGAUAGACCUGAUUUUUUUAUUUUGAUUAUUACUGAGACGACUUAAUUCAUGUUGAUAAUCAAUGCACCUUUAUAAACGAUAACCAUGGUAGUUCUCACAAGAGGAGAUUAUGUGUGGUUGGAAGACCCACGUAAGAAAAAUAAAACAUCCGGCGAUGUUCCCAUCGGUGCUCGGGUCAAGAUUGCUGAUUCCGGUCAGCUCCAACUCCAGGAUGAUGAGGGAAAGGACCAUUGGAUAUCAUCAGAUGUUGCCCAGAAGCUUCGUACAAUGCAUAUUACAUCCAUAGAGGGUGUCGACGACAUGAUACGCCUGGGUGACCUCCAUGAAGCUGGUAUCCUGCGUAAUCUGUUGGUCAGAUAUCAAAAUAACGUGAUAUAUACCUUCACCGGAUCAAUUCUAGUCGCUGUAAACCCCUACCAGAUCCUUCCUAUCUACACAGGCCAACAAAUCAGAGAGUAUAGGGACAAGAAGAUUGGUGAGGAACCACCGCACAUCUUUGCCAUUGCCGAUAAUGCUUACUGUCGAAUGUUGCGAGAGGUGCAUAACCAGUGUGUUAUCAUCAGGUGCGGUAAAUGUCUAACUUGUGAAGGACGUGAUGACAUCAAGGAUUUUGCAGACAUCCGGUCUGCUAUGAAAGUUCUUAACUUUAAUGAUGGUCACAUCUAUGAGCUGUUGAAACUUCUAGCAGCCAUUCUGGAGUUUGGAAAUAUUGAAUACGAUGCCAUUGAGACAUCUAAUCUAGAGGCUGUUUGCUUCAGAGGUCACAAACAAACUGAGGCAAUUUCAAAGAUUCUGAAGGUGAAUCUUGAUGCUUUGGAGAAUGCUUUAUCAACAAAGAAAACCGUCGCUGCGGGCGAAGUCGUUGUAUCGCCAGUCAACAAAGCCAAAGCAAUUGACAUGCGAGAUGCCUUCGUCAAGGCCAUAUAUGGCCGCAUGUUUAUCUGGGUCGUUGGUAAGGUAAAUGAUGCAACAUUUCAGGCCAAAUCCAACGCAAAUGAUAUUAGGGUCAGCAUUGGUGUUCUGGAUAUUUUCGGAUUUGAGAACUUUGGUAAAAACAGUUUUGAACAGAUGUGUAUCAAUUAUGCAAAUGAAAAUCUUCAACAGUUUUUUGUUCAACACAUUUUUAAGCUUGAACAGGAUGAGUAUGAAAGGGAAGGUAUUCAGUGGCAACACAUUCAAUUUGUGGACAACCAAGAAACACUGGACAUGAUCGCAGUCAAACCACUCAACAUUCUUGCUCUGGUAGAUGAAGAGAGUCGCUUUCCAAGAGGAACAGACAAGACAAUGUUGCAAAAGCUGAACCAACAGCAUGGUACAAACCCUCUUUAUAUGAAAGCCCGUUCUACUACAGGAACUCAGUUUGGAAUCAAACAUUUUGCAGGUCAAGUGUUUUAUGAAACUAUUGGAUUCCUUGACAAGAAUAGGGACACUUUUAGCCCGGACUUCUUGGAACUGAUCCAGAAGGGUGGAAACAGCUUUCUGAAGAUGCUGUUCAAAGCGGACUUAGACAUCAACCGCAACCAACGAAAGUCGGCACUAGGGGCAAAGUCUACAUUAGGAGCACAGUUUAAGAAGUCACUUGACUCGCUGAUGAAGACACUAAAUUCUUGCCAACCAUUCUUUGUGCGCUGUAUCAAGCCAAAUGAGUUUAAAAAGCCAAGCACUUUUGAACGCGAUCUUGUCGUUAGGCAGCUUCGUUACUCUGGAAUGAUGGAAACUAUUAGCAUUCGUCGAGCUGGAUAUCCCAUUCGCCACACGUUUUAUGAGUUUGUUGGUCGGUACAGGAUAUUAGGAACUGGAAUAAAACCAGCAAACAAAGAGAAUUGUAAGGCAGCCAGUAAGAAAAUCUGCAACGAUAUGUUAGGAGCACAGGACUGGCAGUUAGGGCAUCAAAAAGUAUUUUUAAAGGAUGCUCACGAUUUGCUGUUGGAGCAGGCAAGAGACCGGGCCCAAGCUGAGAAGUGUAUCAUCAUUCAAAGGGUAGUGCGUGGAUGGUACUACCGCAAACGCUAUAUUGCUAUGAGGAAGAGUGCGAUUUACAUCCAAAGUUGUUGGAGGAAAUAUGCACAACGUGUGAGAUUUACGAAGAUGAGAAAAGGUUUCCUCAGGCUGCAGGCUUACUUUAGAACCAGAACACUUUCCUACAAGUUCCACUUUCUACGCUACAGAAUUGGACUUUUCCAGGCUUACUGUCGUGGUUACAUAGUACGUAGAGAACACCGCAAAUAUAUUGGUAGCAUUGUCAAGAUUCAAUCUGUUUUCAGAAUGUUGCUGGCAAGGAAUAGGUAUCUGAAAAUAAGAAAUGAGCAACGUAGAAGAAAAAAAGCAGAAAAAUAUAGAAAGGAGAUAGAAUUACAGUUGAAAAAAGAAAUGGGACAAAAAAAGGCAAAAGAAGAAGCCCAAAGACUGAUGCAGGAAAAACUUAAGGAACUGGAGGAAAUCGAUGCUGAUGCUGAAUUACAAAGAAAACGAGAACUACUUGAUAAUAUGGAAGAGAUUAAAAGAGCAGAGAAGAUAAGAAUUGAACUACCAGUAGAAGUUGAGGAAGCAUUUAAAAGUGGUCCAACAACCUCAAACCAAGAACAGACAGACUCCAAAGAAGACCUUUCAAACUACACAUUUGCCAAGUUUGCUACCACCUACUUUCAAGGUGGGGCCACAGCAACAUAUGUCAGAAAGAAGUUAACUGAUUCACUACUUGAUCUGAAAAAUAAAGGUGAUCGAAAUGAUGGAAAAUCAGUUAUGUCCAAGAUUUACAGCACAUUAGGCAGAACUAGAGGUCAAAAGGAACUUCCACAAAUGCCUGAUGAUGCGAAUCCCUUGUCGGGAUCGCAAAAGAAGAGCACAAUCCGCAAAAAACUUAUAUCCUUGACAAUUAAAAGGAAGUCAGUUCCCCGGGAUGUUGCAGAAAGGAUCCGAGAUGGAGAAGAGAUAGACAUCAAUCACAGCAUGAUCAUCGACCGACCGACAUCCAAUCUGGAAAAACUUCACUUUAUCAUUGGACAUGGAAUCCUGAGACCAAAUCUCAGAGAUGAAAUAUACUGUAUGAUCUGCAAACAACUCAGUGGCAACAAUGCUAAAGGAAGUCAUGCGAGAGGUUGGAUUUUGCUGUCACUCUGUGUUGGAUGUUUCGCUCCAACAGAUCGGUUUGUGAAGUAUCUGCGAUGUUUUAUUAGUGAAGGCCCUCCAGGGUAUGCACCGUACUGUGAGGAGCGCUUACAGAGAACAUUUGAAAAUGGUACUAGAAACCAACCUCCAAGCUGGUUAGAGCUACAGGCUACUAAAUCGAAGAAACCCAUCAUGUUACCCAUAACCUAUAUGGAUGGAACAACAAAAACCCUGCUAGCAGACUCGGCAGCAACAGCACGUGAACUUUGUCAGAUGUUAGCGGAGAAGGUUGGCCUUAAAGACCAAUUUGGGUUCUCCAUCUACAUUGCUAUCUUUGAUAAGGUUACUUCUUUAGGUAGUGGUGGGGAUCAUGUUAUGGAUGCUAUCUCCCAGUGUGAACAGUAUGCAAAGGAACAGGGCGCCCAAGAACGUAAUGCACCAUGGCGCCUGUUCUUCCGUAAGGAGAUCUUUGCCCCAUGGCACGAUGCACGUGAAGAUCCUGUUGGCACAAACCUUAUCUACCACCAAGUUGUGAGAGGAAUCAAGUUUGGUGAAUACAAAUGUGAUCAGGUAUCUAAUCAUUCAAGUUUAUGCCACAAUAUUUAUAAAUGUACGUUAAGUCAAUGUCUGACUGGAGGGGAAUGUCAUGACAGAGGGCUGAUGUCCCCUGCAAAAGAGAUGAUGUCAUCAAACAAGAGGGCAAAUGUUGCUGAUAAAACGGGUGAACUUCCCGGUCAGAGUUUCACUCUGGUGACAGUCAGUGGGGAUGAAUUUACAUUCACUUCAUCAAAUGCUGAAGACAUCCGGGAACAUAUUGGGACAUUCCAUGAGGGAUUGAAGAAAAAGUCUCGUUUUGUUGUCUCUUUGCGGGACAACCCUAAUCAAGGAGAGGGUUCAUCUCUUCUGAGUUUCCAGAAGGGAGACUUAAUAAUACUAGAACAUGAGUAUAAUGAAUCCAUAAUGGACGGUAGGUGGUGCUACGGCGUGAAUGAUAGGACAGGCUUGAAAGGAGACUUUUCUGCUGACUGUGUAUAUGUUCUUCCAGCCCUGACGAAACCAUCACCUGAAAUAGUGUCUUUUUUCACGAUGGACAGAAGUGAAUUAUCUCAGAAAUUUAUGUCGGCAUCAGAGAAUGCUAUUGGCAGUCAUGACACUUUAGAGAAGCCCCAUACUUUAGAAGAAUUUGCUAUUGAACAUUUUAGGUCACCUCAGAAACAAACAUUGAGCAAAGCUGUCAAGUCUUUAAGAGGGCGCCCUCAAGAUGAGCUUUGGAGUCACAGCAGAGAACCAAUCAGACAACCCCUUCUAAAAAAGCUGAUUGGUAAUGAUGAACUAGCAAGACAGUCUACAGAAGCUUUCCUUGCUAUCAUGAAGUAUAUGGGAGACUAUCCUACAAGGAAGGAUUAUAGACAUGGCAAUGAACUCACAGAUCAAAUCUUCGAGGGCGCCUUGAAGAACGAGCCUUUACGUGAUGAGAUCUUUUGUCAAAUUGUAAAGCAGCUGACCAGUAACAAAAUAAAAUUCAGUGAAGAGCGGGGCUGGGAACUAAUGUGGCUGAUGACUGGAAUAUUUGCCUGUAGUAAGGCGCUGCAUCCACAUGUCACUAAAUUCCUGCGUUCAAAGCGCCAUCAGUUGGCUAUGGACUGUAUACACCGGCUGCAAAAGACCAUCCAAUACGGACAACGUAAAAAUCCACCACAUUUGGUUGAGGUAGAAGCAAUAAUUCACAAGACCACACAAAUAUUUCACAAAGUUUAUUUUCCAGAUGACACAGAUGAGGCAUUUGAGGUUGAAUCUGGUACAAGAGCAAAAGAUUUCACUCAGAAUAUAUCUAAACGUCUGCAUUUGAGGUCUGCAGAAGGUUUCAGCCUAUUUGUCAAGAUUGCAGACAAAGUUAUUAGUGUACCAGAAUGUGACUUUUUCUUUGAUUUUGUGCGACAUUUGACUGAUUUAAUCAGAAAGGCUAGACCCAGUAGAGAUGGAACAAUGCCGACUUACAAAGUAUUCUUUAUGAAGAAACUCUGGACCAACACUGUACCUGGUAACGAUCCAAAUGCAGACUGUAUCUUCCACUAUCACCAGGAGUUACCAAAACUUCUCCGCGGCUACCACAAGUGCAGCAAGGAUGAGGGAGCACAGCUAGCUGCACUUCAGUACCGUGUCCGGUUUGGCGAUGACAAGUCGGAGUUCCAGAAUAUCCCAAGAUUUAUAAAAGACUUCCUGCCAGCAGAUCUUAUAAGACAACAGUCAACCGAAUUUUGGAAGAGAAUGAUUGUUGUAGCCUACAACAAACAUUCGGAAAAAUCAAGAAAUGAAGCAAAAGUGGCAUUUCUUAAAAUUAUCUACCGUUGGCCGACAUUUGGUUCAGCAUUUUUUGAAGUCAGGCAAACAACAGAACCAACUUAUCCAGAGGUAUUACUGAUAGGUAUUAACAAACUAGGGGUUAACUUAAUUGACCCCAAGUCAAAGGAAAUCCUUGCUACUUAUCCAUUCACUAAGAUAUCCAAUUGGAGCAGUGGAAACACCUACUUCCACAUGACAAUCGGCAACCUUGUGCGCGGGACCAAACUUCUAUGUGAAACACCACUUGGUUACAAGAUGGAUGAUCUCCUAACAUCUUACAUCAGUCAAAUGCUGACGAACAUGAACAAACAAAAAUCAACAGCGAAAUUUACAUAACAGUUCAAGACCAAUAGAAAUAAAUAUUUUUAAAGGAUGAGCUAAUUAUGAAAAAAAUGGAAAAAAAAGAAAGAGAAAAAAUUAUAGUGUUGAUGAAUGUACCUUGAUUUAAAUACAAAAUUUAUGUUUUUGUCUAAUAAUGAAGAUUUUUUUUUUAAUUCUUGCAAAAGAUUUAAACACCAUUGGUUUACGUUGUAAAGUUAUAAAUUUGGUAAUACUGCCUUAAUCUUUGUAAGAAUGUAAACAUUUUGAGCUAUUUAAUCUUUGAUUGGUUGUGAUGCUGGUAUAACCUCAAUUCCAUAUGGUGAAUGUUAAACAUCCCAUGACCCCUUGGAACUUUCAUUAAAGGUUAAUUAAGUUUAUACAGUUCAACUGAAGGUCAUUAAAAGAUAUAAAUGACCCUAAAGAUAUUUGUUGUUGCUGAUAAAGAAAAUAAAUAUAAGUAUUUGGACAAAAAUUUAGUUGGUCAAAUAA